AGAGAGAGAGAGAGAGAGAGAGAUAUAUGGAAACAGAAACAUUUUUUUUCUCUCUCUCUCUCAGAACUGGUACGACUACGAGCGCAAGAUAACCCGAGCUGACUUCAUCCCCGACCCGUUCACCGUCGAAGGCUAUUACGUGGGGAUCAACGAAGCGGUCGUUAUCAGGGACUUCCGGAGCGGCGUCGAGUUCAUAAUCAACAAAGGCCUCGGGAACUGCACAGCCAUCCCCAUCCCAGACACUGGAUAUGACACCAUCGUCGACCCAAGUGGCCAAGUGACCAUAAAGGACCCGCUGACACUCUUCGGUCUCGGCCAAGUGUCCAACCUCACGUACUACGGAAAGAAAAGGGCCCGUGGACUUCCAUGCGACGUCUGGGUUGGGAGACUCGACCAGACUGUGGAAAAUACAACGUUGGAGGAAAAGCUAACGUACGAAAUCUAUUUCCUAGAGGAAGGAUGGCGCGAGGACGCAGGCUCAGAACCUCUUCCGGAUAAGUUAUACCCUGAGCCAAUCCUCAUCAAGAUACAGCAAGAUUUUACCAGUCCGUCCAACCCUGAAUAUAACACUUUCAUUGCCCUGGAACAGAACAUCUUUAAAUUCGACCAGAGCGCGCUGGACAUGACGGUUUUCGACAUCACUCCCUGCUUCAAAGGCCACGACCAGAUCCGUCGCUUCCAGAUUGCUUUUCCGGGAGAAUUCCGCGAUGACUUUGACAACAAGCCCGACCAGUUCAUCCGUGCCAUCCACGGCUCGCUGGAAAUGUACUUGAGUGUCCCCUCCAUUCGCAUCCAGCACAUGACGGUUGAGUUCAACGAGAGAGACGGCCAUUUGUAUUGCGAAUUCACCCUUGUGGACCAGCCUCCUGUAUCCGGCAUCGAUUUUCCUCCUUCUGUAGGACCUCCCCUCGAGGACGUCGUUGCUUCGCUCGAGGCGUCUAUGGGGAAACUGGUCGUCUUCCUGUUCGACGAGAGCUACGACACUCCCGGGCACAUGAAGACGAUGCAAGCAUAUGAAGACAGUCUCCGGGAGAUGUUUGAGGACAGCUGCCAUCCCCUGAAAUCCUCACAGCAAACAGUCGACAGCGACACAUACAGAUCUCAACAGGAACAUGGAAAUAUCCAGAAAGACACAAGUCUCCCCAAAAAUUCACCAAAGAAAACGGAUCACAUUGAAAAACAUGCUGAAGGGAAAACUCUAGUACGAAGAGAUAGGACAGACAAUGAACCAGUUAUUGCUGAUAUAUCGAAGGCGUCAUUUACGGAGAAGUUAAUGGGCGAAAUCGGACGUUUUAACUUCCACAAGAUGACGAAAAGUGCUCCGAUGUACACGCCAGGUGCCAUGGCAGGAAUGGGCAUUGGCAUGUUCUUCUUAGGACUCCUGCUGGGAACUGUGGCUAUGCUGGCCAUACUCCAGAAAUUCGGUCUUUCAGAAGGCAUCGAGUUUAUUCCCAUGAACUCGCGUCGGUCAUAAGGAAUACUAAAAGCCUUAUGAUUGGCCUUGUUAUAUGGGUUAUUUGGAUCUGCUAAUGUAAUUGUGAUGUGUCUGUUGGAAAUUUAACAACAAUUUUGGUAAUUGUGUAGUGAAAGUUUACCUACUUAAAUGAAUGAUUUUAUGUGAUUUUCUUGAUUGAAGUUAUACAGCCCUUUUAGAUGUAUUAUAUAUUAUAUACCGUUCGAGAUCGGAAAGGUGGUGCGAUGACUGGAGAAUAAACGAACAUGAUAUUAGUCCAGUGAUAUUAAAUGUUUUGUCUCAGAGCUGCUUGGUCAUUAUAUUACAAAAAAUUUUUAUCACACAGUUAAGCAUCAUCUGUCGUUAUUUAUAAACAAAUCUGCAAACAUGUAUUUUCUUUUAUUCCAUCCGGAAGACAUAAAGCUGCUAAUCAUACCGCAUUCCAUGUACAAAAAAUAAACAUAACAGCAAAUAAAAAAAAAAUAUAAUUGCUCUUUGCCUUA